GCGGAUGGUGGAAAUUCGUGCACAAAGGGAAAGCGCGUGAAAAGUAUGAAUGCGCGACAUUGACGCGGAUUCUCAUCAAAGGGAAGACCGUGAGCAAAGCAAAGCGGGAAGGGAAAAAGAAACAAAUAAAAGCGAAAACGUUAACUCCCUCCGGCCACCCUCACGCCUUCACCCCCAACACCCCCUGCGAGUGCGCGCGUGGGUGCGUGCGAUCCAAAUCCGAGCGGCCGAACCCAAAGCCGACGACGAGGACACAACGGCGUGAAAUAACCGAACCUGUCUGUCUGUGCGUGUGCGUGUGUGUGUGUGAGAGAGAGAGAGAGUGUGUGCCUGUGGUUUUUCUUCUUUUCAGUAGCAAGCGAAAGGCUGUUGCUGAAAGCGCCGACCAAACGUCUGCCUGCCAAACCUGGUUGCUGGUGAGACCGCAGCGCAUCCCGCCCGCCCAGAGGAUGAAGUUUUCCAUCCCGAUGCCUGGCGGCGGUACCGGGCUGGCCCUCUUCUCCAAGCUCAUCCGCACGAAAGAUCUGCACAAGCUGCAGGAAGAGGACCCGAACAGUACAAAGCCCAAGCUAACCAAAUGUCUCACCACACUCGACCUCACCUCGCUGGGUGUGGGCUCCUGUUGCGGCACGGGCAUGUACCUGGUGGCCGGAAUGGUGGCGCGAAACAUCGCCGGACCGGGCGUAGUGCUUAGUUUUUUCAUCGCAGCCGUAGCUAGUAUAUUUUCAGGCGCCUGCUAUGCUGAGUUCGGUGUACGAGUGCCACACACGUCCGGAUCCGCGUACAUGUAUUCUUAUGUUUCCGUGGGAGAGUUUGUAGCGUUUGUCAUAGGAUGGAAUAUGAUAUUAGAAUAUUUAAUUGGUACGAGCGCGUGUGCCUGCGCCCUUAGCGCAAGCUUCGAUUCACUGUCGGGCGGCUUCAUAGGCAGAAGCAUAGCGGCCUCUGUGGGGACCAUAUUCGGGCGGCCACCGGAUUUCAUCGCGUUCGGCAUUACGCUCGUAAUGACGUUCAUCCUGGCGCUCGGCGCUAGCAAGUCGGUGCUCUUCAACAACGUCCUCAACACCGUGAACCUUGCAUCGUGGGUAUUUAUUCUAACCGCAGGCUUGUUUUACGUCGACACCAACACCUGGACCGAGCACGAGGGCUUCCUGCCGUUUGGCUGGAGCGGGGUAUUUACGGGGGCGGCCACCUGCUUCUACGCCUUCAUCGGGUUCGACAUCAUAGCAACGACCGGCGAGGAGGCGCACAAUCCCCAGAAAAGCAUCCCGAAAGCAAUCGUGGGCUCAUUGGUUAUCGUCCUCAUAGUGUACGUUACCAGCAGCUUCAUCCUGACACUAGUUGUUCCUUACGAUCACAUCGACUCGGGCUCGGCGUUAGUGCAGAUGUGGACCUACGUGGGGGCGCCCAAAUGCCGAGCAUUGGUAGCAAUCGGUGCCACGGCCGGGCUGAGUGUGGCGAUGUUCGGUUCCAUGUUUCCCAUGCCCCGCGUCAUCUACGCCAUGGCCCAGGACGGACUGGUUUUCCGUCAGCUUUCGCAGCUGUGGGCCAAAACGGGUGUGCCCGGAAUUGCUACGAUCGGCAGUGGUAUAGCCGCUUCCCUGGUGGCGCUUACCGUGCAGCUCGAGGUUCUCGUUGAGAUGAUGUCGAUCGGUACGCUGCUCGCUUACACGCUCGUAUCGACCUGUGUCCUGAUCCUGCGCUACCAGCCCCACAGUACCUCGCUGGUCGAUCUACUGCCGGCGCAGCUUCGUACACCGCAGCCGCCAAGCACCCCGGAUCCUAGCACGCAGCAAAGCGUCAAGGCCAAUGUGAUGAUAAAAAAGAUCACCCGUGGAUCGCCAGACUCCGACGAUAGCUAUGACGAGGAUAGUCCGGACGGCUACAUGGGCCGUGACGAUCAGUUCCUGGUGACCGACCGCACGGAGAACAAGUUUUACGGUGCAGUACACGGGGGUUCGCAAGGAAACACGGACACUUGUUCGUUAUGGAUAUGCGAUUACAUUGUAGGUCGAAUUCAGCGGUACUCUUACCUAUGUCCAGGAUUUUUCCCCUGGAUAAGACCCGGCCCGGCAACGCCCGAAACAGGAAUGUUCGUAACAAAGCUGGUCGGACUGAUGUAUGUGUGCAUAUUCCUGCUGGAUCUCUUCAUGGCCAUCGGGCUGACGGGAGCGUUCUACUCCUUAGCGUACACUGUUCUGGUGUUAAGUAUAAUUUGGAUUCUGCUGGUCAUUUCACGACAGCCCCAGAACCGAUAUGCACUAUCGUUCCUCACUCCUGGACUUCCAUUCAUUCCAACGAUCGCCAUUACGGUAAACAUCUACCUAAUAUUCAAGCUCAGUAUUCUCACCCUGGUACGGUUUACCGUCUGGAUGACGCUGGGGUUGAUCAUGUACUUCUACUAUGGCAUCACGCACAGCUCGCUCGAGAAUCCGAGCGAGGAGUUUGAGCUGACCGUCGACAACAACGGUUCGGCGGCACAGAAUCUCCAAAUAAAUGUUCCUUCCACCACCACCACUAAGCCAAGCAAACGCCAACGCACCGAACCGACCGCUGUCUGGGACCGGCACGGUUACGAGAACCGCAUGGCCACAAACGACGACGGUGAGUACCAGUGGUCCGGGGCGAACCAGCAGCAAAACAACACGCACCCGUACAGUUGGAACACCAACGAUGGUUGGGGCGAUCGAACGAUCUACGAUCCUCCGCCACAGUCAACCAACAUUUUCCAGCCGCCGCCUGCAACGACGACGUCCGAGGCGAAAAAGGAUGGUUUUGGAAUGUUCUACAACGAGUCCGCAAGCUACCCGACCUGGGACGACUAAGGCAGCCCGAAGCACACUCGCCACCUUCCCACUGUACAUACAAGCACGCUGGAACCGUUCGAGGCACUCUGCUCUCCGGUGGGCGCUGCUCUUCCCACUAUCCUCCUCCCAAGAAGUUGGAAAACAACACGUCCGCCAUACGUUCCUCGGUUCGUUGCGUAUGCAUAUUUUUACUGUUAAGUUUUCGCGUACCCGCAAUACUAUGGGGUGGUCGGUUCUUGACGAAAGGGAUGUAUUUCGUAUUUCCAUCCAUUACCAUUACGUGCUAUCUCUAGUGCACUAACCCAGUGUACAUCGUUGAGCUGUUUGAGCAAGUGAAGAAUGUGAUAAAUGCAAGGACAUUGCGGGAAGAAGGGCAACACAAAAUGAAAGCAUACAUACACAAACAGAUACUUACAACAUA